GGCUUUGAAGUUGACGCACGGCACACAGCAAUUGUACUUGCGUUAAUAACAGCUCGCAGUCGAAUUCGCGUUGAAUUUGCCUAUAGAAACGGCACUCAGCGCAUAAAUUUGCGCGUUACAGCUAUUGCAAUAUGAAGCUCGCUGCACUGGCGCUCUGCCUCGUCGUCGCGUGCGACGCCUUCCAGCACCUCAGGCCAGGAGUGCGGGCACCGCUCGCGCUGCAUGGCAAGACGCGGGGCGACGGCAGCGAACCAGCCGAGGAUGAUGGACCGCUCGACAUCGACGCUGCCAUCGACGAGGCGCUCAAGUCGCCCUCGAUAGUAGAUGCAAUCAGCGAGGACAUCAACGCGGCGCUCGGCAAGGACGACGCCAAGACACCCGAGGAAAUGAAGGUCGGCGAGCUGACAGCCGAACUCGACCUAAGAGGCAUCGACUACUCGGACUGCAUCGAGGCCGACGAGCUCCGAGCGAAGCUGAAGGAUGCCCGGUUAUCCGGGAGAGCGGGCAAGGACGUCCUGGACAAUUUCAACAAGGCGACCGCGGAAGCGAUGUUCGACAAGGAGAAGAACCCCAUGAAUCUGUCCAAAGAAGAACUGGAAGCGAUCAAGGGCGAGGACGGCGCCAUCCCCGGCGGUCUGGAGCCCGACGAGGUCUUCAAGCUGAUGAACGACCCGGAGGUGAUGGCCAUGGUCCAGAAGCCCAAGUUCCAGGAGAUCAUGGCCGACGUGAUGAAGGGCGGCGGGCCCAUGACGCUCCAGAAGCACAUGGCCGACCCGGAGUCGCGCGAGAUGCUCAUGACGCUGACGAAAUUGCUCCAGAACGCGGGCAUGGUGCCGCCCGGGGCUUCGCGGUAACAUUAAUUGUGACUU